AUGACACUUCCUGUUUCCUGUCUUUUCCGCAGUGCCGGCAUCGCCGUGGGUUUCUAUGGAAAUGGGGAGUCAUGUGAUGGAGCCAACCGCCUGGCGUAUUCUCUACGGCACGCCAACCGCACCGUGGCAGGGGUCGACAAACUGGUGACGGACAGCGCCGUGUCUCUGAACCAGACAGUGGAAGGAGGUCUGGUCCAGUUGGAGACGGUCUACUCUGAACAGACUGACUACGUGUCCAUCGUCCAGAAGCUCCAGGGUCAGCUGGAUGAGCUGGUCAGACUCAUGGUGGACAUCCCCUUCUGGGGAAACUCUGACAUCUCCCUAGAAGACCUGGCCUUCCAGACGGAAGCCUUUGACUGGUACAG